GACUGGAGAGGGAGAGAGCAAGAGAAAGAGAAAGGAGGGAAACAUCAUUUUUUGGGACAUUUGGGUAUGGUCGGCCAGUUCCUCUGAAUUCAGAGAGGGAUUCUGUGUUUUUAGAUCAUGAACAGGGUUUAGACACAACACCACUGUUGCUUCCCCAGCCCUCACCUUCACCAUCCCCCAGUGCUGCACCUAGAAUGGGCACCAGUGUUGUGGGUAGGAAUAGAGCUGGGUCAAAGGUUGGCCUUGAAAAUGUAGGUGGUGGGAUGGUUUCCAAGUUUGAUAAUGGGAGUAUUGGUUUGGUGUUAGUUGACAGCAAAUCUGGAUGUGGGCCAAGGUUAGUAAGUGAGGUUGAUGCUGGGAUCCAUCAUCACAGGUGUGAAAGCAGGGACAAAUAUGAUAAAGGAUCAAGGGCUAGCAUUAAAAAUGGUUCUGAAAUAAGAAUGGGUCCCCAGGUGAAAACAAGACCAGGAGGACGGGAUUUUGAAGGAAAAGUGCAAUCUGGGGUAGCAAUAGAAAAUAUGGGUCUAUCUGUAAAGGAGGGACACAGGGGAGCAACAACUGGAGAAAAAAAUGGAAGGGUUUUGGCAAAAUCAGAAUAUAGUGCUGAGGCUACACCUUCAAUUCUAAGUGAUACCGAGAACAGGGAUGGGCCAAGAAAUGAACCUGAGAUUGGAGCUGAAUCUGAUCAAGAAAUAAAGCCAGAGUUUCAGGCAGGCAAUCAGGCUAAAGUUAGUUCAAAACAGGUGGAGAAUGUGAUUGUAAAAGAAGCUGGAAUUGGUCCUAAAGUUAACAAUGAAGUUUAUUCAGCUGAGUACAGAGUAGAUGCCAAACUUAACAAAGAAGUUAAGAUGACAGCUGAGCCUGACACAGUGCAAGAGGCAGUGGUUUUAGAUGAGAUCGGGUCCAAUAAUGUUGAGUCUGCAAUUGUCAGUGAAGUUCUGGACAGCACUGAGACUACAGAUAAAGCUGUUACUGGACAUAAGAAUGAAACUGCCCCAACCUAUCAGUCUGAUAAAAAGCCCUUGGACAUUGAUAAAAGUGAAACUAGCCAUAAAAAGAAAGGCUCCAGGUCGCAGAAGUCCAAAUCUUCCAAGUCUAGUUCCAGGACACGACCUGGCACAGCCACAGGGCUGCGACCAGGCAUGGUCAGCCCACACAUAAGCAGAGGGCUUGGAGACCUUGAGUCACCAGCCCCCUCUGACGGCAUCGAAUCCACUUGGCCUCGCCGUAUCAUUGUUAGAAAGAGGACUGUAAGGCAAGGUGGGGCACUCCACAACCUCCCUAUUCUCCCCCCACUCCCUUCUGUCCUCUCAGCUUUAGAGAAAAGAAGACCACAAGCCCUUCUGCAACUGCGUUCAGAGAACCUUCCAACAAGCAUAAUAAAUUUUGUGGGGCGAUGCUCACUUAAAGAACCGUCCAAUUUAGAAUCAGCACAGGUGGCCAGUUUGGUGGGCAGGGCCUCCUUGAAGGAGCAGAACUUAGAGCACUGGAGGGUCUGCAGAGAGUUGGAUGAGCACAGGACAUUGGGAAGCAAGGAGAAAGAUGCAGAGAUAAGUAAGAAGAUGAAAAGGGAGGAGAGGACUGCUACGGAAGAGGAGGGGAGAGACGAGAGAGACAAAAGGACCAAAGUGGGUGAGGAGAAAGAGAAUGUUACUGUCUUUGAGGGACUUGUAGAGGAAACCAAGCAAGAAAUGAGACUGGAUGAACAUGAAGUCCAAGCUAAUGCAAACAAAUCUACAAAAGUGGAGAAUGAUGCUGAAACAAUGUCUGACAAGUUGGUGGGUAUAAAAGAUGGGAUAAAAGAGCGACAUGGACAAGAGCUGGAGGUGGUUAAAUUACAAAAGGAAGAAAGUGAAGUGGAGGGAGGAGAGACACUAGGAGAUCAACGGGGCCCAGAGAGUUGGGAUGCUGUCCUUGACAUGGUUAACACAUUGUGGGAUGAUGGCUGGGAGAAAGGGGGCAAAGGAGGAGAAGGUGAUACAGAUUCCUUCUCUGGCUCUCUGCAGCGUUGGCCUCUUCUUCGGCCACCAGUUGGCUUUGGAGGAUCACACCCGCCCUCCUCAGCUGCCUCAGAGCUCAGCCUUACAGAAUUAGAAAGGAGAGCAAGGGAGCUGGACUCUGACCUGGAGCACUUAGACCUAUCUCAGCCCCAGAGAGACAAACGUGAUUUAAACAACACACUGCUGGAGCCACAGAGGCAGCGAGCUGACAUGUAUCAAACACACCCUGGGCCUCAGAGAGAGAAGGUUGCAUUAUUGACAGGAGUGGGGAGUCGAUCUCAGGUCACUCUGGAGCUCACUUCUAUGGCUUCACCAGCCUCAGACACAGACAGACCUGUUGACUGGACAAGCCAAGGCACUGGGACGUCCACUGCUGGCACAAGCUCGACUAAGGAGGACAGCUCUCCAGACUCCAAUAUAACACUGGAGUCCGACUCCAGUGGUGUCUUUCUCUCCUUAUCCAAUCAGAGUCAGGAGGACGGAGGCUCCGACAGCGACCAGCCAGUCAGUGGCUCGGACUUAGGCAGCAGCACGUCACUGGAGAAAGACGCAGAAGAUGGAGGCUUAAAGGAAUGGGGAAGGGAGGAGAGUGCAGAGCUACAGUGGUGCUACCCGUCACUCCUCGAGACGUCACAUGACGACUCGGGAUUUAGUAAAACAGAGCCAACACAGUGUGGAGAGGGCGAUGAACAGAGCAUGAGAGAAAGUGAGAGACAAAGUAAAGAAAUACCACCCAGGAAAAAAGUGACCCUAAGGGGGAUUGAGUCCCCUCUUGCUCUGUCUCCCUCCAAACAAGCAGUCCGACACUUUUUAGAUCCUAAUCAGAAACCAAUCAGAAGCUCUGGACUGGACUGUGGUGACAUAGAUCCCUUUGUCCAAUCGGACAGCUUUGUUUACCUCGCUGUUUCUGCAAGACGCGCCUCCCAAGGUGAAGUCACCGCCUUGACAGAAGUUACCACCCUUGAUACAAAACAAGAUUUGAUACAAACAAGACUUGACAAUAUGAUGCCACAUUUCGGCAGCAUGACAACACACUUAGACUGGUCAAAUCCUGAACAGGCUGCCAAGCUGACUCACCUUGGCCCACAAAAGCCAGAGGAAGGUGAUUUUCUGUGCACGGACAGCUUUGUCUAUCUGGCUGCUCCAGCCUGUCUCCUGCUGGGGCCUCCAGGAUCCACAGCUUACAGUGGCAGGGAUUCGGACUCAGAAAGUUCAGGUUCUGGCCCUGUUGAUGUAUCGGUGCUGGGUUGUGAUUCAGUGGCAGGAGACAGUGACUGGGACUCUGACCUGUCUGACUCAGAUCCCAGUCGCUCCUCCAGAAACUGCGCUGCUGGAAACAAAUCUGCCGGAGUGUCACGACCCAAGCGGCUGCCGAAUGAACCCGACUGGGACUUGUUCGGAGAAGCGACUGAGCCUGAAGUGCUGACUGAGCUCUUCACAGAGCAGGACAGAAACAACAAUGGCAAAGCAAGAACAGUUACCGGGGUAACCACCUGCAUGCAAGGGACUCCAGGCAUCCCCAUGGCAACUCAGCCUGUCACUCCGCCAGUGAAUCCCUCAACAACAAUAGAGCAGUCGUCCACGACGAAGAAAGUGACGUGGCAGUUCAAACCCACCCAGAGGUCCGUCUGCACAGGAAGCAGGAAGGAGAAAGAGAAGGAUGUGACAUCAUCAACGUCAUUUGUAAGGUUUACGGAAAUGGACGGAGGUGAGACGCAUAGACCUCCCCCUUCAUCUUCAUCGUCAUCGUCAUCUUCACCGUCAUCGUCGUCCUCAGGUUGACAUGUGAAGAACCUUGUGCUGUUGUAAUGUUUGGGAAAAGCUUUCAUUGCCUGAAGCUGAUUGUGUCGCUGAAAGGUUUUGUUUUGUAGAAACUGCUUCAACAGUUACAGCUUUUUCCUUGUUGUUUUUUGCCUGUGAAUUUUGAAUUUAGCUGCUGCCUUUGCCUUCUUAUAUAUAUAUAUAUAUGUAUAUAUAUACAUAUAUAUGUAUAUAUAUACAUAUAUAUAUAUGUAUAAAAAAAGACUUGCUAAUUGUGGCAUUUAUUUUGUAGAUUAGCCUAAAUAUAAAGUAUAUAACCAGUUUUACUUUGGGACAGUGUGAGACUUAUGUUCAAAUACAAACGCUGAGAGAGAAGGAAGGUGAAAUUUGCACUAAUGAGGUUUAUCAACAGUGCAUAUUUGAAACAGGGUCAAAUUUAUGAGUUACAAACACAUAUUCUAUCUAAAUAAUAUAUAUAUUAAGAGUUAAAGAGAUUUCUUUUUAUAGAUAUAGUAAAUUUACUGUACAGGAUAUACACAAAUAUAAAGACAACUCCUUUAAACUGAUUAGUUUUAUUCACUUGCGUUUAAAUACAUAAUUCAGACUCAGUAAGACUGAGUGAAUGUGUUAUGAUUAAAGCUGAAGGAUGAAUUUCUGACAUUUUAUCAACACCCCUCCCAUAUUAUACUAUAUGACGACUUUAAUACCUGAUCUUACCGCUUCAUGUAUGUAAUUUAAAAACUGACUUGACUGUGAAUAAUGUAUUUUAUAACCAGAGGUUUUAAUAGUGCGUUGAUAAUAUAUUUUGAACACUGAAUGUGCAAACAUGAACAAAUAAUGGAAGGGUUUUCGGUGGUCACAUUUUAUUUAAAUCCUUUAUUUAUUAAUUACAUGUGAAAUUGUGAAUGUAAAGAUGAAGCAAUAUGCUUACGGACUGUUUGGUGCGAAUAGUAGUGUUUAAGAUUCUUUUUAUUUGUACAGUUUUAAAUACCAACUUGUUUAGAGGCUCCAUGUGCAAUGUUUUCAACGUGUCGUGAGGCAGGUUGAUAUGUUUGCUAUUAACAAUGAGGCCGUCGCUGAGAUGACUCACCGCUCACAGCCUGGUCUCUCCUCACUGCUGUGUCAUAUUUGGCUCAUCUUUGGAGGACAAACAUGUUUGUUUUGGGUGUUUUUUUUUUUGUUUUUUUUUAAUUAUUAUUUCUCUCCGAUUGUCACUGAAAGAACCUCUAACAGCUUGAGCUUUGUCUGUGCUGAAAGUAAAGUGGAAGAUUUCCGUUCAAAUGCAAGUGGGUGGCGCACAAUGUAAAAGCUUUGGCGUCUGCAGAGUGGUAGAGCUGUCCGUCAUCGCAGCAGUGGUCCUAAUGUCUCACAGAUGAACGUGUUAAUCAUGACCUGAUGUUACAAAUGACACAUGUGCCACCUUUGAAAUCACACUGGUAAAGGAGAGGUGGAAGGUUUACAGAGUCAUUCAUGUAAUAAUAAUUACAAUAAUUCCUGUUCCCGUUGAAUUUCCACUUGAACCGGAGAUUGAUGGGUGUUAUUUUUCUUGCAGUCUGUGCGGCUUUAAACUCUCCACCUGUCCUUACACACGAUGACAAUGCUUUGUGUAAACCAGCAGGAUUUGGUAGAUCCCUGAAUCGCCUGGCAGGUUCAGUGAUGGGUUUAUUUCUGGCGCUGAUGUACUUGCACGUCCUGGGAGGAAUUAAGUGCUUCAUGAGCAUCCACCAUUUUAAAGGUGCAGCUCUUGUUUUUUUUGGGGGGCCUGUCCUUGUGUCUUUCAAGGUCAGUGCUAUUCAUAGCUGAUCUAAUGACCUAAUGUAGGUUUAAAAUGACCACAGCGUCUGGCUGCUGGUGACUUUUCCUAACCAUGUCAGUGUGUAUUAUUAAACGGCAACAACACACGCUCUCAUUUCAGUGAGGUUGGCCUUCUGUUUCUAAAGCCUGUGCCACACUAGAGGAUUUUCAAAUCAGACAAAUCAUUUAUAAACGUGGGCGACCACAGACACAACAACCUUUGUAACCGAUGUUCAAUGUUUUAGUCCCGAGAAAGCAGACUAGACGAUCCAGUCAACACGCGGGACCACACACUCUGCGUUCAAUCAAAACGAUUUCAGGGAGGAGAUUCCAUCCAGGCAUUUGAGGUUAACUCACGUAACUUAACGUGACUUGAGAAUGUAAACCGUCGUCAGUUAGUACGCCGUUCAGUUGCGAUACGUCUUGCCAUAAAUCAACAAGUUUGUCCUCCUUCUCUACCGUCCGCCGAGCUUAGGAGACGGUCUUCACGUUCAUCCUCGUGGCACUGUGGGCCGCCACGUUUUUGGUUUAUUUUAAACAAAAGUAUGCAACAUCCUGGUCCGCUCACUCUCAAUGGUUAUUGCCGGAUGUUGUUCAGUCGUAAAUAUCAAACCUGUUUAAUACUUGUGAUUUGAAACCGGGAAGAUUUUUGAUGCUUCCGAUGACGUUCAAAUGUCAGACCCUCGCGCUACAGGAUCAUUCGGUCGGAUCAUCGGUUCAAACCACAAUCAAAUUGGAAUUGUUCAGUUUAAAGUGACACAGUGUAGGAUUUCAAUUUAUAUUGAUGGUACAUCAACUCACCACGCGGUGAAUGUCACCUCCGUCAAAGCCUGAGCAGGAACAAACCACCUUACAUACAUGUAAGGUGCUGAAGAGCUGCUUUUAAACCGCUCUAAACUUACACACACACAAGCCUUAGUACCUGCAAACAGUUCUACAUAAAAACCAAAAAUGGUGCAGUUCAAACUCCCUCCAACUCUACAGUUACAUCUUAAUAACUGUCGCUAAAAUUGUUUUAGCGACAGACGUUGCACACUGGAGCCUUAAGCAGUUGUGUUGGACUUUUCUGAAUGUCGUUGUGUUUCCUGGCUAAUAUUAGUGAACCUGCUCAGAAUAUACAACACCAGUCUCUUUAUCACUAAACACGGCAAAGGAUAAUCAUACCAUUGCCUGACAAAAUGUUACAUGUUAUAACAAUUAAAAAACAACAACUGUUCACAAUCUAUACACGCACACCACAACAGCCAGGGUUGCUAUUAACAGUCCAUGGUACAUUCACAUCGAUGCAGAGUCAACCCCUACAUUUAAAUAGAUCUCAUAGAUUAGAUUAGAUUAUCAUACACCUAAUUAUAAAAAUUUUCAAAAUCCUUAAGGAGACAAGGAGAUGUCACUGUUUGCCUUAAAGAGGCAGUGAACACAGUCUGCAGUCUUUGUAAGUUCCUCUUAGCUUGGACAUAUAAUUCACUUCCACUUGCAUUUAAUGUAUAUAUGUACAAGCAAUAUAAAUAUAAAUAUAAAUGGAGAGGG